UGCCUUCGGCGUUGUGCGAAUCUGACGACGAUCCAAUGACGGGCAACCAGAUAUCACGGUCACUUCAGCACAGGACUUCGACGCAUUCUAUCCGUACAAGACCUUAUAGACGCGUCCCCUCCCAGAGGUGAUCUGUCUUUCGCCGGCCUCUUGGCACCACAAACACCACGGAUACGGUAGGGUUGCGCGACACACAUACAUACAUACAGACAUAGGCAGUACCGCUUUAACACGCCAUAUCACGCUACUAGAAGGCUCCGUGCGAGAUUUGGCUGGCGUCCGGCCGUCGACGACACGACCUACUACAGCGCGUGCUCACUCCCCAAUCGCUAAAUCGAAAGUCUACCCUCGAUAUAAAUCCUAUCGUUUUCCGUUUCCUCCCCUACCUCUCCGCCUCCCUAAUCCCCCUACCGCCAACACUCGGGACAUCCGGCCAAACACCAUGUCCGCGUCAAGCUUCUAUCCGAGCGCGGGCGGCCUCCCGACCGAUACGCUCCUCCCGGCCCUGCACCACGCCUUGUCGGGCUCCACCGGUGCUCUCAUCUCGACGUGCGCCAUAUAUCCCCUCUCCGCGCUAGCCUCCCGGCUCAGAUCCCAACCGAACCCGGGCGGCAGCACCCCUAGCAACACGAGUCCGAGCGGCCGCGCCGCGGCAGACCAUGCAGAUGCGGAGCCGUAUCCUGGCGCCACCGAGGCCUUCUCGCGGAUGCUUGGCUCAGAACUCGGCGGCGGCAACGGCGGCGGGCCCAAAGCAUACUACGCCGGCCUCGCCCAGGACGCUGCUAAGUCCGUGCUCGACUCCUUCCUCUUCUUCCUCUUCUACGAGUGGAUCCGUAGCGCGCGGCUCGCGUCCGCCGCGCGGCGGGCGCAGGCGCGGCGGGCCAGGACGCCGGGGCUCGGCGCGCUCGAGGAGCUCGCCAUCGGCUUAGCGGCGGGGGCGUGCUCGCGGCUGCUAACGACGCCGGCGGCCAACGUAGUGGCACGGCUGCGGCGCGAGGCCGAGGCCGGCCGCAGCGCGAGCGUGCACGACGUCCUCGACGACAUGCAGCACGAGCGCGGCGGGCUCUUCGGCGGCCUGUGGUCCGGGUACACGGCAGACCUAGCGCUCGCGCUCAACCCGAGCGUGACCUCGGCGCUGCAGGAGCUGCUGGGGCGCCACGCGGCCGCACCGCAGACCGUGUUCCUGGUCGCGGCGGCAAGCAAGGCGGCAGCGACGCUGCUCACGCGGCCGUUCGAGGUCGCGCGCGCGCGCAUGCAGUCCCGCGGCGGCCAGCGCGAGAGCCGGCCGGGCUCGCGGCGCGGCCGCACGUACUCGCGCGACGACGGCCGCCGCAGCGAGCUGUCGUACUCGCGCGCCGGCGACAUAUCGCCGCUGACCAUGCCGGCGAGGGCCGCCGGCGACGGCGAAGAAGAAGAGGAGGAGCUGGAGGAGCUGGAACAGAAGCUGUCCGGCGGCUUCGCCGACGAGUACUACCGCGGCAGCAUGACGGCGAGCGCCGCCGGGGACGAGGUCGAGGCCAAGCUGCGGCGCGAGGCGAGGCGCGCGUCGACCGGGAGACACCACCACCACCGCCGCCACCACCACCGCCACCAUAGAGGCGUGCUCGAGACGAUGGCGCGGAUGGUGCGGCGCGAGGGCGUCGGCGCGCUGUACUCGGGGCUCGGCGGGGCGCUGCUGCGCGGCGUCCUGGGGCACGGGACGGCGGCGGUGGCCAAGGCGGCCGCGCACCGCGUGCUCUUCAGGCUGUACCUCUUCGUGGGCGGGGUGCUCGCGGAGCUGCGAGCGCGGCAGGCGAAGCGGGCGGCCGCGGCGAUGCUGGCGGCCGCGCCCGCGAGGACCGAGCCCCUGCCCACGGCCCUGCGGUACCGCCUCAACACGAGCCGCGGCUACUACGCGGCGGCGAACGCCGGCGCCGCGGUCAGCCACGGCCACGGCCACGGCCAUGGCUACGGCGCCGCCGCGAACCCCGCGCCGAGCCCCAGCGCCGCCGGCACCAACGCCAACCGCGCGCUCAAGGCGGUGGCCCAGUGGCGCCGCCGCCGCAGCUCCUCGCUCGAGGACUUCGGCGUGAACGUCGUCGCUAACAUGAUCGACGGCACGCAGAGGAAGAUCCGAUGAGUCUGACCCUUGCCGCGCCAAGGGGUGGAGAAGGGGGGGGA